CCUAUAAACGCCGCACGAAUAUCAACAACUCGCACCCAAAGAAAAAGAGAGGAGAGAAUGAGGGCCAAUUAUUCCUUUGUUCUUGUUUUUCUCCUCGCUUCCGUCUUCGUUCUUGCUCGUCUCCCCUCUGCCUCUUCGAGAUUGGGGGGAUGGACCCCGAUCAAGAACAUGGGGGACCCGCACGUGACCGAGAUCGUCGAGUUUGCAGUGAGGGAGCACAACGAGGAGGCUAACGGCAAGCUCCGGCUCGGCAGAGCGAUCAAGGGUGAGACCCAAGUCGUCGGUGGAGUCAAGUACAAGCUCUUCAUCGAGGCUAGGGAUUAUGGGGGUAAGACCGGGAGUUAUGAGGUGGUUGUGCUGGAGAGGGCUUGGGAAAAGUUUAUGAAGCUUGUUUCUUUUAAGCCUGUUGUUAAGGUUUGAUGUGAGUUGAGGAGUGCUGUUAUGCCGUUUACUGAUUACAUUAUUGAAGUUGGGUUUUUUUUU